AGGCCGGUGAAAACACCAAGAGUAAAGAAGCCCCCGAGGGGGCGAGUCCAAGAGAGAGACCCCACGUCUGCAAGCAGUGCAACAAGAGCUUCUACAUGCCGCACAUCCUCCGGCAGCACCUCCUCACCCACACGGGGGAGAAGAGCUACACCUGCGACGUGUGCCACAAGCAGUUCGGGAGGCAGGGCACCCUGAAGCAGCACCUGCUCGUCCACACGUCGGAGCGGCCGUUCAAGUGCGAGGAGUGCGGCAAGACGUGCGCCCGGAAGGGCGACCUGAAGACGCACAUGCUCCGCCACUCGGCGCAGCGACCGUUCAGCUGCGCCCGCUGCGACGUCAGCUUCAAGCAGCUCGCCAAGCUGCGGCAGCACGAGCGCCUCCACACGGGCGAGAAGCCGCACCGGUGCGCGCUCUGCCCCAAGCGCUUCCGGCUCCACGCCUCGCUGGCGGCGCACCGGCUCACCCACUCGGGCGACCGGCCCUUCGAGUGCGGCGUGUGCCACAAGGCGUUCAGCGGCCGCAGCAACCUGAAGAAGCACCAGAUGAUCCACAGCGGCGAGAAGCCGUACCAGUGCGCCUACUGCGGCAAGGCGUGCCGCCUCCUGCAGCACCUCGUGGCCCACGAGCGCAGCCACACGGGCGAGAGACCGUACAAGUGCACCGUGUGCGGGAAGGGCUACGGUCACCCGUCCACGCUGAAGGCGCACCUGUCGGCGCACGAGGAGAAGCCGCGCUGCCCGCUGUGUGGGCGGGGCUUCCCCGGGCUCGCCGAGCUGACGGCUCACCGGUGCAGCGAGGUGGCGGAGAAACCGUACCGCUGCACCGAGUGCGGCAAGCGCUUCUCCCUGGCCGCCAACCUGAAGAACCACCAGACGAUCCACUCGGGGGAGAAACCCUUCGACUGUAAAGACUGCGGGAAGCGGUUCAACCACAGGAGCAACCUCGCCAAACACGUCCGCAUUCACACGGGCGAGAAGCCCUUUGGGUGCCAACGCUGUGAGAAACGCUUCCGCCUCCGCCAGCAUCUCACGAGCCACCAAGCAACACACAAACACUAG